AUGAAGGCCUGGAAAUCCCCUGUGGUGUUGCGGCUUCUCUGCGUGUUAGCCCUGGCGUAUGUCAUCCGCCGCAGUCUCUCGUGGGUUUCCUUACCGCGUUUCUGUGGAUACCUGGAGUGGCUAUGGCCUGGAACCAAUGUGGGUGCCAUCGCCAGCCAAUCCGUGGUCUUGGUGAGGGCUAUGGACCUUUGGAGGCCAUGGGCAAGGUCCCAUGGAUCAGGUUUUGUUUGGGACGCUGAUGGACAUAUCGUGACCAACAGCCAUGUGGUGCAGAUGUCCUCGCUCUUAGCUGUGCACUUCGCCGAUGGCGGCGCUUGCCGGGCGCAGGUGGUGGCCACAUCUGAACGGUGCGAUGUGGCGCUAUUGAAGCUGAAAAACAGCAGCUGCUCUGGGCCUUCUGGGACUGCCUUUGAACUGCCAAAACCGUUGCCACUGUCCAAAUCUUCACCAAGACUGGGUGAAGAAGUGAUGGCCGUGGGGCAUCCGGGCAAUUGGGCCUGGCUGGUGGGUGUAGGUUCCGUCACCGGUGUGGGACGUGAGAGCUCCCGGGCGGUGCAGAAGUGGCUGGCCCUGCAGGAUUUCCAGCGGCGCUGCGCGGUGAAUGGCAUGGUCUUUGCCUCGGUGCCUGCAGGGCCCGGCAGCAGUGGUGGGCCGUUGAUCAAUCGACGCGGCGAAGUCAUUGGCAUCACCACUUGGCAGUUCCAAAGCACGCCGCUGUUGACGGCUGCUGUAAGCACUUCCACACUUCAGGUCAUCUUGCCACAGUUGAGGGAUGAACACGGCGCCAAAGCCUCCAGCAUUGGCAUCGAAGAGCAUUUGGGGGCAGCCAAGUUGGUAUGGCCCCUGUCCACCAAUGCAGGUUUGGGCGUGUCCUCCCAAGGUGUCAGGCUCUGGUGGCCCUCCAUUUCCACCAGGGGACUCUGGUGGUUGGAUGAAAUUGUGGCGGUCAACACCACGGAGGUGCGUUCCGUGGCAGAUGUCUUGGAGGUUGUGCAGCAGGCACCACUGGGAUCCAAGCUGCAGUUGGAACUAAAGCGUUUUGGGAUGAAACGAAAGGCCACCGCGGAGGUGAAAUGUGCGCCGUCGCGGAAACGCUGGGGGCGAAGGCUGUUGCACCUGACCAUUCGAACACUGGCAACGGCGCAGGUGGUGUUAGGGAUGCAUGACUUCGCGCGGACCCUACAGAAGGAUGCGAAGGCCGUCCUUUCAACGAUGCAGCAGAUGAACAAAUGCAAUUUCUUCAAUGAUACUUUUAGAGAUGACAAUCUGAAGCAGAUGGUCCUGGCCACGUCACGUUUUUUGGUGAAGGCAGAUAGCCUUAAGAAUCUGUGUUUUCCGCCAAAGUAUGCUGCGAAAUGUGCAAUCCCUCAAGUGGCAAAGAAGAAAACAUGGAAGAAGGUGAAACUGUUCGAUAUUUGCCGAUUGAAAUGCAAUGCUCAUUCUGUGGAGACAUCCUCUUUCUGCUGCAUGCACAUGGGCAAAGCAGGCACUUGUCACAUGAUUUGGGGCAGCAAUAGCACGGUCCCUGCUACACUCUCUGAAAGAGUGACUUCGACAAUUUGCCGACCCAUGCCGAUACUGGACAUCAUAGGAGAGAUGAGGAUGCUAAUGGCCUUGGCCCUUUCAGUCCUUCGAGAUUGA